UUUUUAUUUAUUUUGUUGCAUUUGAUAUUACAAGUAGUUGGCCGAUCUGACGCAAAGUCAAGCUGUCUGUCGUCAAUAUCAUGUCUCCGGCCUUAUAGACCCUGUAACUCGAUCGCAAAUUACACGCUUUCGACGUGGUCGCUUCUCGUGCGGUUCUAUUCAGUUCGUUGCUGUUUCGGUUUAUGGUUUGGGGAUUUAGUUUUUUUUUUUUGGUAUUUGGUUUCGAUUUUGUUGUCUUUCCCUACUUCGCGCUUCACAAGAAUUUUGUAUAUUUUUGUGCUGAUAGUGCCCGAAAUAUUAACAGGCACAUUUUUUCACCUUUCGACAAUGAAUGGAAACGUUUGCAUAAAAAACAACCUAAAAUAUGGUCGUAAUUUUCUGGUUUUUGUUAUUGGAGAUCUGUCUUAAAAAAGUAUACAUGAGUUCAUAUAUAAAUGCAAACGAUACCAACUGAGAAGCAGCAGGCCGGCGACAAAAAAAUGAACAAGGCAGAAUGGCAAAAGUAAAUUAUUAUGUAACCUUUCGAAACGAUUUGCAAUAAUAACGGGAGAAAACUGUGAAAUAAUUCUUAAGGAAGUGAAGUGAAAAUUAUAUAAAAAAGAAAUGGUGAUCUUUGGAGAAAAAAAUAAAAAUCAUCAUCUAGCAGAAAGCCAAUAAAACUGCAACUGAUGGAUAAAAAAUAAUAAAACUAAACCUAAUAAUAUAUAAACUAAAUAGCUUAGUAAAGCUUAAACUGAAACCACACUAAAGUGAAAAAAAAUAUACAUUAAUUUAACAACCAAUUAACAAAGUUGUGCACCAGAUUCGAACCCAAAACCCACAAAUCAGCUUCACAAAAAAAUAGUUAGGUACUGGGCCAUAAAAGUGAAGUGAAAAAAAUUAUAAAAAAAAGUGCACUAGCAAACGAAAAAAAUAGUAAAAAUAAAAAUCACUAACAGCAGAAGUGACUAAAAUUCUAUUAGAAAUAGUGCCGUACCCCAAAGAUAAGGCUAGCUCGGGAGAGAAAUUCUCGCUAAAAACAAAAGUGCAUUCAACCAAAAAUUACAACAAAUUAUCUGUUUAGAGAGAACCUUUCCCCAGACUUCCCCAGGCAACUAGCCGAGAGUUCCGUUCACUAAAAGUCUAUUAGACAGCGGCUAUACUCGUAUGCACGCGCCUGCGCGAUGACUAAAAUAUAUUAUUAUAAAAUUUCUAUAGGUAUCAGUAUGUGCAUUGGUGUUGUUGUCGUUUUUAUUUCAUUGUCAAAGUCGGCUUUCAUACCCAAUAGUAUACUACAGAGGGUUAUAUCUAUUGUUUGUAGUUUUUAUUACCAAUGGAUCCAAUUUGUAUCCAAUCUGGUCUAAUCAAGGCUAAAAAUAUUGCCUUAGGUUUAUCACAGCUAGUACACCUUUAAAGAUAUUUUACUUCAUAGAUUUUUUUAUUUAUAUCUUAUAAUAUUGUGAAGCUUUUAGAAAAGUUUUCUGAUUUAAGAUAGUAUUCUGGGAAAAAAGGAUAUUAAAUGAUUUAUUAAGCUUUUUAAAUUACACCUUUAGGGCUUUUAAAACAUUUCCUCAAAUCUAAACACUUCAAACCCCCAACUGAACCCUAAUUGUUGACUCAUUUAUUUUUUAUUUAUGGUCAAAGUCACUUAAAUUGUCUAUGCUAUUUAAAAGCUAAAACUUUCCAUCUCAAACUUUUUUAUGCCAACAUCCAGCAAAAGUAUUUUCCCGCUAGUGACACUACCAUAUAGCCCUUCUACUAGUUUAAUUAAUUGAAAUAAAUAUAUUUUUUGUUGGAAUUUUUUUUUUAUAGUUGGCUGACAAGUCUCAGGUCUCGGGUCUGGCGUCUUUUUGAAUUUUUGAAACGUCAUCGUCAGCGUUUGAGGCCGAGUAUCUGUGUGCGCCGACUGGCAGUAGGUGUGAGUGCGCGUGUGCAUUCGGUGCAGUGGUGUGCGAUCAUGCGGUAGCCGCACACGCUCUCAGUAAAAGUUAUUACAAUUGACAACUAAAAACCAUAAAGUAGUGCAAAAUGUCUUACAAGUGAUUCAACUUCGCAUUUCAAUAAAUUCUUGACACAAUUACAAAAAGUUAUUCAUUUAAUUCUGCAUUUGGCAGCAAGUUCUUAGCGCGUUUCUCUCCGCAAUUUAGUUUCCAGACUGUAUAUGUACUUCAUUUUCGAGUCGACAAAUAAAUGGUUGUUGAUACGGUGAGAUAAGUAACAGAUUGACAGUAAGGAGUUUAUUUUUUUUUUCCUUGCAAAAUUUAGCUACUUGGAAACAAAGAAAGAUAACAGAAAAGGAAAAUUUUGAGGCAUUUUUUUUUAUAUUUAAAUUUAAUGGGCAAAAAUAUUCCAUAGAACAAUAAAAUUGGCCAAAUUUCCCAAACUAAUAUUUAAUCACCUGUAGAACAUAUGCAUAUCUAAGCUCUACCUCUCAGGUGAACCCCCCUAAUGCCAUUCAAAUUUUCAAGUAAACCUCGGUUACAAAGAAUACAUUAAGCAUACGCCCCGUGUACUAAGUCACAGAAUAGUUGAUGCAGAUGAUGAUCUGAUGAUGUUGGGACGGCAAGCUAGUCAUGAUUAGGUGAUCAUCUCAUCGCUUGAUUUAUUAUUGGAUUGUUAACCGUUUGUGGAGAGUGUAGACCAAGAUCCGUUUACUAAGCCCCUUCGAAAAACCAAUUGUAAUCACUAGUUGCCCGCCUGGCAAAUAGAGAGGCCUUUAACCCUAUAAACUUAAACCAGACUCGACAAGCUUACACUUGGCAUUGGCAUUAGGGGGAACGAACGCAACAGAAAUAAAUCAAUGAACGGCAAUUGGCAAAAGAUAAAAAUAAGAAAAAUAGCGAAAAAUUUAAUUAAGUCAAGUUUAAAAGAAAAACUAAAAACAAAAAUAAUGGCAAAGACUUAGUACGAGCGAGUAAGACAAAAAAUAUUACAAGCUUUGCGGAAAAAGUAGAAGUAGAGGCGGAAAAUAGGAGGAAGAAAAAUUGAAAGCUGUACAACGGGUCGUAUGAGUAUUGGGUAUUAUCACUCACACACCGACACUAUGCUGUAAUCGCAAUGCAAUUAGCAUUGCCAAGCAAAAGCUCAAGUUCACUGACAAAGAAAUCAAACACGAGCGUCAGACAGAGAUAGCGUCAGACGGCGAGAGCGCUGGGUUGAAGAGGGGGAGAGCACACAUACGCGGAAAUACCCAUACAUGCUCGGCAUGCGAUAAUUUCUGUAACUGAGCGAAGCUUUACAAAUGCAAUCAAAUGACGUUAGUUCUCCGGCCAGCUGUGGGUGGGAGGGAGACAGCCUAAAAAAACAGGGCGCCGUUAGAGAGUGCAAGUGAGCGGGAUGGGGUGAAUGCAGUUUGUUGUCUUUGUCGGGGCGAUAGAGAGAGGAAGAGAUAUGUAUGUAGAUGGGGGGGGACAUACAUAUAAUACACCCCGCUCGUGAGUAGGUCAGUCAACGAUCUUCGCCCGAUUUCAGGUUGGCUGAAGCUCGCUCGCCCGCCAGUUGCUCUGCCAACUCCAGCCAACCGGCUUUCCACUGCAUUUCAUUUCAUUUAUUUAUUUAUGCGAUGGUCUUUUUCGACCCACUGGCUUCCGCAUUGCACAUACAAAUAUGCCACUAAACCACAACAACAACAAUGUUGUCAAUGCCAAUUGUUUGAUCAGUCAGCUUAGUAAAACGGGAGGGGUUCUAAUCUUUGCCAUAAAUAAUUGAGGGGCGUUAAUUCAAGUUUAUAGAUAUUUCAAUUUCUUUGGAAAAAAGUGCCAUCUCUUUUUAAUUUAAAUAAAAUUUUAAAGGAUAUAUGUUUUUAUUGAAAUAUAAAUUAGACUUCUAACUAAUCUAUUCUAUUCUCAGAAUAAUAUUUUAUUCAAUUUCAUAGUUUGCCUUUCAAAAAACUUCAUUAAAUGAAAAAUAAAUAACUAUUUUCAAGAAACAAGUCAUUACUUCAAAACUGUUUUUCAUAAUUACCUUUUGAAAAUUAAACAAAUAGCUACAGCAAGUCUACUAAACAAUCUAGAUGAGUUUCUAAUGGAAGUUCAAGAGUCUGAAUUAUAAUUUAUCACAAUUUAAAACCAUUCACUAUCCAGUCUUUUAAUUUCUUAUAAAUGAUAAAGCAUAUUAUCCCCAUGCCACCUUUAUUUGAAACUAAAACUUCAUGUCUGUGACCCAAUAAUUCUAGACUUUUCAGUAAUUACUUCACUAUUGGCUAUUCGAUAACAAGAAUACCCGAGACACUCGCCCAAUGUCUCUAUCUUAACCCUUUUCUCGGUUCUGCCGCAAACCAACCGCACUAAUUGCAACACGAGCCAUUAAGCGACACAUUGGCAAUUAUCUGGCAGCGUUUUGGCCAGAGUCCGGGCCGGGCUGAGCCGGGCCGGGUCGGGCCAACAGCUACUUACGGUUAACCAGCAACACUUGGCCCCACGGUAUGGGAACUGUUCCGACUUUGAUGUGUAUUUAAAAUGCCGUCGAAUACAUAUGGGAAUUUAUGAGCUGGUCAAACGGAGCUAAACGGAUUAAUUACAACUGCCUGGGAGAUGCGAAAGCAAAGCUCUGCCUCUGUAAUUUUAAGCUGCUUUGCACAUUUUAAUUAAACGCUGACUUUUCACCGAUUUCCGUUUGGGCUUUAAAUGGUCACAACUUCAGCGUCAUCGGUGUUGCUGGGAAGAAUGUUCUCGACCCGUUUCACCGAAGAAAUGCAUUUCACAGGCUUGCAAAAACCUUUGACAUUUGCCAGAAAGUUUUCAAGUUUUUGUUGAACAAGAAAUUGCUUUUCGACGAAGCCCGUAAAAUGUUGGACCGUCAAUUAACACGGAAUAAAGAACAUUACUCGGGAGAUGGGAAUGUAAAAUGUAGAGAAAACGUAUUCACUUAAUGAUUGAAGGGAUAAAUGAAAUGAAAAGGCAAAUAAACUGCUCUUCAAGGGGCAGACACGAAAAAUUAUGCAAUAGAAGCAUGUGUGUUUCUGGCUAUAAAUAAGCUGCAGUGCCAGGCAAUUGGUUAGCAGCUGCUCGGUAUACUCUUUCAAGCUAAUCUUUACCAUUCACCUAGUCCCAGCCACCCAGCCACCAAACUACCCAACCACACAGCCAUAGAGCCACAGAGCCACUCAUUCCCAAGCUUCCAAACCCACUCCAAGCGACCGGUGGUUGUUAUGGCAUUCGCUGAACGCAUUUUGUAACAUGACAAAAUAGCGUAGCAUACAUUUCAGGGGUUGCAAAUGUGCAACAUUGAUUGGCACGGCCAACUGGCAAAUUGGCCACGGGGCCUUCACGCUCCUCCGGGGAGCCUGCGCAGGCGCAGCUUAUUCUAUUACAUAACCCAGCAUCUACCGAGGAUGCCACACAGGAGGCUGCUGCUCUUCCCAAGAAACAGAAACAGAAACAGCGAACCAGAAACAGAACCAAAACUGCACUUGUUGCUGCCACAGCGUCGCGUUAACCGGAUAAAAUCUCGAUACAAAAAAAAAAUAUAUAUAUAUGUAUAAAAAAUAAUAACCGCGUCGGCUUCAAAGAAAUAAAAUAUAAUUGAAAAUCCAUGAGUGUAACCCUUUGUUAACCUUAACCCCUUGCAGGCACCUCAAAAUGUGGCAUAUUGAGCAUAUGGAAAUUAAUUGUUGCGUAAACAUUACCUGAACAUUUCAUAAACCUUCUGGCGGAAACAAAAUUAUGUGAGCCAAACGAUACGCUUUGGCAGUUGUGAGAGCGCAAUUCUUCAAUAGAAGAAGUGGAAAGUUUUUCGUUUUCGGUGAACUUUCUUCAAUAUUUUUUUUGUGAAUUCUUUUUUGGUGUUUUUCUGGAAAUUGUUGUGUUUGAAUUUGAAGUGGAUUAUCUCACAAACCCGAAAAUGGACGACGAGAGCGAUGACAAGGAUGAUACGAAAAGUUUUCUUUGUAGAAAGUCGCGCAACCUAAGCGAGAAGAAGCGGCGGGAUCAGUUCAAUUCGUUGGUGAAUGAUCUGAGCGCCCUCAUAUCCAACUCCAGUCGCAAAAUGGACAAGUCCACGGUUCUUAAAUCCACAAUAGCCUUUCUGAAGAAUCACAAUGAGGCUGCGGACAGGUCGAAAGUUUUUGAAAUCCAACAAGACUGGAAGCCUGCGUUUCUGAGCAACGAUGAGUUUACUCAUUUGAUGCUGGAAUCCCUCGACGGCUUCAUGAUGGUCUUUAGCAGCAUGGGCUCCAUUUUUUAUGCCUCGGAAAGUAUUACCUCACAGCUGGGUUACCUGCCGCAAGACCUUUACAAAAUGACCAUCUACGACCUGGCCUAUGAGAUGGACCACGAGGCGCUUCUGAAUAUUUUCCAGAAUCCUGCUCCCGUGAUCGAGGCGCGACAGACGGACAUUGGAGCCAACAACCAGAUCACGUUCUACACGCACCUGAGGCGAGGCGGCCUGGAGAAAGUGGACUCCAAUGCCUACGAGCUGGUCAAGUUUGUUGGUUACUUUCGUAAUGAUGCCAAUACCAAUGCAGGAUCCAGUGGAGACAGCCAGAGUGGAGGAUCUGGUGGAAAUGGCCAGCCAGCUGUGUUGCCAAGGAUUUUCCAGCAGAACCCCAAUGUCGAGGUGGACAAGAAACUGGUGUUUGUGGGAACAGGACGUGUCCAGAAUCCGCAGCUGAUCCGGGAAAUGAGCAUCAUCGAUCCGACGAGCAACGAGUUCACCUCGAAGCACAGCAUGGAGUGGAAGUUCCUAUUCCUGGAUCAUCGAGCGCCUCCCAUAAUAGGAUACAUGCCGUUCGAGGUGCUGGGCACCUCUGGGUACGAUUACUAUCAUUUUGAUGAUCUGGACAGUAUUGUGGCAUGCCACGAGGAAUUACGACAGACUGGCGAAGGCAAAUCCUGUUACUAUCGGUUUCUUACCAAGGGUCAGCAGUGGAUCUGGCUGCAGACGGCCUACUACGUGACUUACCACACCUUCAACUCCAAGCCGGAGCACGUGGUCUGCACCCACAAGGUGGUCAGCUAUGCGGAGGUCCUUAAGGAGAGCCAGAAGGAGCGCAAGGCGAUAUCCUCCACCGGAAACAGCAGCAAAUCCGCCUCAGCCACCACCACUCUCAGGGAUUUCGAGUUGGGCAACCAGAAUCUGGACAGCACGUUGCUGGGCAACAGUUUGGCCAAUCUGGGCAACGAAGCCGCCGCCACAUCGCCCACCAUCGACUCAUCGCCCAUGUGGUCGGCAUCGGCGGCUCAGGCCUCCGGCUCCUGCCAAAUAAAUCCCUUGAAGACAUCUCGUCCAGCCUCCAGUUAUGGUAACAUCAGCUCCACGGGCAUCUCGCCGAAAGCCAAGCGGAAGAAUUACUUCAGCAAUCGGGGAAACGAGUCGGACUCCACCUCGAUAUCAGCGGAUUCGGUCACCAGCAGGCAGUCCUUGAUGACACAUGUGAGCUCGCAAAGCCAUCGGCAGCGAUCUCAUCACCGGGAUCAUCAUCACCACCAGCAGCAGCAGCAGAAUCAACAGCAACACCAGCACCAACAGCAGCAGCAUCAGCAGCAACAGCACCAGCAGCAUCAACAGCAAUUUCAACAACACCUGCAGCAGAAUGUCAGUGGCCCCAAGAUAGUACCCCUUCUCCCGAUUGCUCCUGGCUCGUUGAUGGCCAACAAUGCCUGCCAGUUUCCACAGCAGGCCUAUCCACUGGCCAGUCCGCAGCUGGUGACGCCCACGUUUCUGGAACCGCCUCAAUACCUCACCGCCAUACCCAUGCAACCAGUUAUUGCUCCGUUUUCGGUGGCACCUGUUCUCUCGCCGCUGCCGGUCCAGGGGCAGUCCGGGGAUCUGCUGCCGGGGACGGUGGUAAUGACACCCACCCAGAGCCAGUUGCAGGAUCAACUGCAACGCAAGCACGACGAGUUGCAAAAGCUCAUAAUGCAGCAGCAGGACGAGCUGAGGAUUGUGUCCGAGCAGUUGCUUCUGGCCCGAUACACGUACCUGCCAAUGCCGAUGGGAUUUGCGGCCGGCAAUAUGGCUGCCACGGCCAUGGGUAACAUGGCGGGGGGUGGUGGGCAAAGGGGGCUCAACUUCUCAAGCAGCAAUGCUGUCCAGCCGCAGUUCAAUCAGUAUGGAUUCGCAUUAAAUUCCGAGCAGAUGCUCAAUCAACAGGAUCAGCAAAUGAUGAUGCAACAGCAACAGAAUCUACAUAACCAGCAGCAGCAUAAUCUGCAGCAACAGCAUCAGAGUCAGGCACAAUUGCAGCAGCAUCACCAACAACAGAAUCAACAGCAGCAGCAACAGCAACAAAAUCAGCAACAACAGCAGCAGCAUCAGCAGCAACAUCAACAACAGCAAUUGCCGUUGCCAAACGAUGAAAUGCUAUCCAGCCAAGAAAUGGAGGAAAUAAACGCCAUUUUAAAUAUGUCGCCAUUGCCUUCAAUGGGAUCUCAGCUUAAUACCAGUGGCAAUAACAACAAUCAGAAUUACAACGGUGGCAGCAAUCAGAAUGGCAACCAGAACAACAACAACAAUGGCAACUCGAAUGCUCCACAAAAUACGAAUGAAGAUUCUUUGCUGUCUUAUAUGCAAAUGGCCACAGAAUCGAGUCCUUCGCUCAACUUCCAUAUGGGCAUCAGUGACGAUGGCUCGGAGACUCACAGUGAAGACAACAAGCUGAUGCACAGCAACAGCAGCAAUCAGAUGCAGCAACAUCAGCAGCAGCAGCAGCAAAUGAUGCAGCAACAACAGCAGCAGCAACAGCAACAGCAGUCCAAUAACUUCUUUAGCUCCAAUCACUUUCUCAACAAUAGUCAGAAUCAGAACCAAAAUCAGUUGCCAAACGAUUUGGAAAUAUUGCCAUACCAGAUGUCCCAGGAGCAGUCGCAGAAUCUAUUUAACUCACCUCACACAGCACCCGGCAGCAGUCAGUAGAUCCAGAUCCUUAAUGUAUAUAACUCUCUGUAGGCUAUACGACUUUUAAGAUUUAGCUCCCAACACCCAGUACCCCCCUAUAUAUAUUCGCGUAUUAUAAUUUUAGACCUUAGACAAGUUUGGCCUCUGGCUCUCUUUAUCGAACCUCCUCUAUUGGAAAUCCAGAACUAGUUGUAGAUCUCAACAGACUGAGUAUUGUUCUAUCUCUGAAUUGUAUGAGUGCAUGAUCGUGUAAAUAUUUAUGUAUAUGGAUGUAUCUAUAUAACCAUUAAUCAAUAGUAAAGUUCUCAAAUUAAUCCAAUGUAAGUAAAUAUAGUUUUUAGGAAGAGCCCAUCGUUUCCGUAGGUUAGAAUUAUUAUCCAGUAAGUGCCAUCGUGGCACAAACAGGGAUCUCUGAUACGUAAUCGAACCUUAAAGCGUAUGCCUAAGUUAUUUUUAUCCAACUAACUAACUAACUAAC